GCACGUUUUACGCUUAUCUUCGGCAAGCACGCUAUGCCCUUUUCAGUUUCUUUUCGUUGACGUCAAUGGUAAGGCCGCCAGUAUGGAUACCGUCUACUACCUACAAAGAAUGAUAUGCAACACCAUCUGGGAUAGUUGAGCAAUUGGCACGAAACAAGAACGACAGCAUCUUCCGUCAAUGCGUCCAUACAAGAUUUCAAUCCCUGACGACGAGCUUGAUCUACUCACCCAGAAGUUGCGCCUGGCUCGGCUUCCCAAAGUAGGGAAUGGCGCAGACCAAGGCGAAGACAAUGGAGUGACCUCUUCAUUCAUGCAGGAGAUCCUUGACUUCUGGCGCACCGAGUACGACUGGAGAUCCGAGGAAGCCCGCUUGAACACGAUGCCGCAGUUCAUGACCGACAUUGACGUCGAAGGCUUCGGAGACAUUCAGCUGCACUUUGUCCACGCGCACAGUCAACGUCCAGAUGCAAUACCUAUCCUCUUUCUGCAUGGCUGGCCCGGAUCAUUUGCAGAAGUGUCCAAGAUUUUACCCAUCAUGGUUGAAGCAGGUUUCCAUGUCGUCGCACCUUCGUUACCAGGCUAUGGCUUCUCGUCCUACCCGGAGAAGGCUGGAUUCAAGCAUCAACAUCAUGCUACGGCUUUUCACAGCCUAAUGCAAAAGCUCGAAUAUCCGGAAUACGUGGUUCAAGGCGGGGACUGGGGAUCCGACAUCGUUCGGAUCAUCGGUCUUAUGUACCCCGAGAAAGUCAAAGCAGUUCAUCAGAACAUGCUGAUGAUGCUCAAACCAGACUUUCCUGAUGGUCGAGAACCAACGUAUUCAGCAUUUGAGCAAAUAUGCCUUGACCGUCUGCAGUGGUUCAUGGACACCAAUUCCGAUUACGACAAGAUUCAGGCCAGCAAGCCACGCACCCUGGGUUUUGCCAUGCACGAUUCACCUGUGGGAAUGCUAGCAUGGAUGGCCGACAAAUUGUUCCUAUGGGCGGACGACUACCCGUGGACACAUACUGAGAUCAUUACAUGGACGUUGCUGCACUACUUCCCUGGUCCCACCACAGCCUUCCAGAUGUACUUCGAGAACAAUCCUGCCGGACUGAAUGAUCCGGAGUCCUGGAUCAGAACGACUUAUCUGAAAACACCAACAGGAUACAGUGCCUUCCCCAAAGAAUUGAGCAUCGUGCCGAGAUCAUGGGCCGAAACGAUUUCGAAUGUCCAGUCUUGGAACGAGCAUAGCCGAGGUGGCCAUUUCGCUGCCUACGAGAAGCCGAAUGAGCUGGCUGCAGACGUGAUUGAGUUCUUUCAGUCCGUCUGGAAAGCUCUGAAGUGAUGCUUCCAACUCAACUUCGUCUACAGCCA